AUGCUUACGGCCCAGUGGUACGCCCGAGCACAGUGCCCCUCACAUUUUCAGGUUGGAAUAAUCGGCGGGACAGGCCUCGAGGAUCCGCAGAUAUUCACGAAUCCUCGCGAGUUCAGUGUGCAGACCCCGUUCGGUGCACCAUCCGAUGCACUAGUUGAAGGAAAGGUUGGCGAUGUCACAUGCAUUCUGUUGUCGCGCCACGGGAGAGGACAUGACACCUCACCGACAAAUAUCAACUUCAGAGCAAACUUGUGGGCCCUCAUGCAGCAAGGUGCCAAAGUGAUCCUGAGCACGGCGGCGUCCGGGAGUCUCAAAGAGGAGAUAUCACCGGGCUCAUUCGUCUUCUUGGAUUCUGUCGUGGACAGGACAUUCAAACGUGAAGUAACAUUUCACGAUGGCUUGAAGGGUCAUCCCAGAGGAGUGUGCCAUAUCCCAAUGCAUCCAGCUUAUAACGAAAAGCUUCGACAGGUGCUAAUAUCAAGCGCUGAGGAACUGAAGUACAAAUAUUUCAAAAAAGGUACAGCAGUAUGCAUUGAGGGACCACGCUAUUCCUCACGCGCCGAAAGUGAGGUGUUUCGCAGCUGGAAUUGCGAUAUUAUCAAUAUGACCGUUUGUCCAGAAGUUUAUUUGGCGAAAGAACUUGGCAUUCCGUUUGCGACAACGGCACUCGUAACCGACUACGACUGCUGGAGAGAAGGCGAAAAGGUUUCGGUUGAUUUGGUAGCACAGAGAAUGUUGGAAAAUUCAGGCAGAGCGAAGACGCUCUUUGUUACGGCAAUCAAAAAAAUAGGCGCAAUGAACUGGGACGAAGAAAUUAUCGAGGCCAAGGUAUUGUGCACGUUUUCACGAACUAGGAUUGCACGAGCAGCGAUAAUGGUCGAAAAGCACGUCGAUUUCGAGCAUCUGAAAAUCGCUUAA